ACCACUGCCACCCACUACCAACCGCUUCCACCCACCUACCACCCACUACCACCCACCUACCACCCACCAUAAGUCGAGUAACGGUGCACUACCACCAUUCACCCCCCACCACCUAAGCCGGCCCUUCCCCAGGCCGCCAAUCACACCCUCUUCCCCAACUGCCAAUGCGCAAAUAGCUCACACGCUCAACGUCAGCUCUCCCUACCACCCUCCCCCAAUUCAAGAUCGGCGGGUAGAGCCACUGUGUAGUACCUUGGCCUUUUAUGAGGGGCCAAGAAUACUUAAAUCGAUAGCAAUGGUUCGCAUCAUCCCCUCUCGCCUGAAAUCAUAUACUGGCGGAGGAGGUUCAGGUUCAGGAACAGCAACCCCAAACACCAACAGCAACAACAGCUCCGUCGCCAACAGCACCUGUGCUCCCGCCGCGUCCCAGAAAUCAAACAUGCACGGCAAACGCGAUGCCAGUCCCGCCGGAGGUCCGGCCAAUGGCCUCAUGCUGAGGAUCGUGGUAUUGAGGGGCAAGAAUCUCGCCGCCAAGGACAAGAACGGUACUUCUGAUCCGUUCCUGGUCAUCUCGCUGGGCGAUACUAGAGAUACGACGCAGUAUGUGCCGAAGACUCUCAACCCCGAAUGGAACCACCUGUGCGACAUGCCUGUCUCCAGCAUCAAGGACCUCCUGCUCGACGUUGUGUGCUGGGACAAGGAUAGGUUCGGGAAGGACUAUAUGGGGGAGUUUGAGGUGGCAUUGGAGGAUAUAUUUGCUAAUGGCAAGGUUUCACAAGAGGCGCAGUGGUAUCCGCUGAAGAGCAAAAGGGGUGGCAGUAGGAGGAAGGAGAAGAAAGAUAGCAAUAUCUCCGGGGAGGUACAACUUCAAUUCAAGCUAUACGACUCGUCGACCCCCGGGGCUUCACCACCCCAGGUCAUGGAGAAAUUCUGGGCUAUUGCUGGGAUCGAAAACGAUAACCUUACAACCACCAAGUCAGGCAGUGAUGAUGCCAGCCCUACGGGUGACGAGGAUGACGACGACGAAGAUGAAGAGCGAAGCGGCUCGGCCGACGAGGUCGACGAGGUUGACGACCCUUCGAAGCCGGAAACGGUGGAGAAGAAGAGGAGGCGGAAGAGGAUAAGAGGGCUGAAGAAAAGGAAAGCACACCAGCUAUACGAGUUUGUUGGAGCGAGCAGUGUGACUGGGAUCAUAUUCUUGGAAAUCUCGGGCGUUACUGACCUGCCCCCGGAACGGAACGUGACAAGGACCUCAUUUGACAUGGAUCCCUUCGUCGUUGCGUCGCUGGGUAGGAAGACUUACAGAACCCGAGUGGUCCGCCAUAAGCUUAACCCUGUCUUUAACGAAAAGAUGAUAUUCCAGGUUCUCCGACACGAACAGGCAUACUCGAUAUCCUUCUCGGUUGUCGACCGCGACAAGCUCUCCGGCAACGAUUUCAUAUGUGCGGCCAGCGUACCGAUUCAAGAUAUCACAAGCACAGGCCCCAAGGCCGACCCGGACACCGGACUUUAUGACCUACCGGAUCUGCCGGACUCUGGAUCAGUGCCAAAGGCGCCCAGCAAAUCAAGGUUCAAGAUUGCUCUAUCAAGGUCGACUUCGUCACAGAGCCUGAAUAAGCAAGGUAGACCGCCGUUGUCCUCGAAACCCUCGACCCAAGGCAGCGUGACUGGUGAAGGCAUUCCUCAAGUCGGAGCUAACCUAACUCCUGAAGCAAUUCCACCUAGUACCCUGGAGCAAACCGACAGUACCGACGAGAGAGGAGACCCUGACCUACAUACGUUCCACAUCCCGCUCAAGCUCAAGAACAUGGAGAAGUGGGAGGAAAAGCACAAGCCGGAAUUACACCUCAAGGCGAAAUACCUACCAUAUACGGCUCUGAGGCAACAGUUUUGGCGCUCGAUGCUCAGGCAAUACGAUGUCGAUGAUAGUGGCAGCAUUAGCAAGGUCGAGCUCACCACCAUGCUUGAUACGCUUGGCUCGACGCUUAAGGAGUCAACUAUUGAUAAGUUCUUCAAGAGGUUCCCUCACAUGCUAAAUGAUGAAGAGGGCAUGCUCUCUUACGACGAGGCGGUGAUCUGCUUAGAGGACCAACUCGAAAUGAAGAGCAAGCAGAGCCAAUCCGCGACCGACAAGGUUCGCGAACAGAUCCAACAGCGCCUCGGCCGAAGCGCUGCCUCGUCAAGUCUGUCAUUGCCGGUAACGCAGGGAGAGUCAGAGGCGACGCUCUCAGAAGAGGCUGAUGCAGCAGAGCUUAGUAACGCGGAGAUCGGCACACCUCUUGAAGAGGGCGAAUUCAGCAAUUCGUACGAUCUGUACGAUAAAGAUGAAGAGCACGUUGUGGAGAUUAAGGAGUGUCCUAUUUGUCACCAGCCCCGUCUUAACAGGCGGUCCGAUGCCGAUAUUAUCACACAUAUUGCUACCUGUGCAAGCCAGGAUUGGCGACAGGUCAAUAAUAUUGUCAUGGCGGGCUUUGUCACGUCAAGCCAGGCCCAGCGGAAGUGGUACUCCAAGGUUAUCACUAAGAUCUCGUACGGUGGGUAUAAGCUUGGUGCGAAUUCGGCGAAUAUUCUUGUGCAGGACCGCAUUACUGGACAUAUCAAUGAAGAGCGGAUGAGUAUAUAUGUACGACUUGGGAUUCGACUGCUGUACAAAGGCCUCAAGUCGAGGGAAAUGGAGAAGAAGAGAAUUCGCAAGCUCCUGCGUGGCCUCAGCGUCAAGCAGGGUGUCAAAUACGACGACCCUGCUUCAAAGAACGAGAUCCCCAAGUUCAUCGCCUUCCAUCAACUCGACAUGUCCGAGGUGCUCUACCCAAUCGAAGACUUCAAGAACUUCAACGAAUUCUUCUACCGCGAGCUCAAGCCCAACGCGCGCCCCUGCUCCGCGCCCGACAACCCGCGCAUCAUUGUCUCCCCGGCUGACUGCCGCUCUGUCGUCUUCAACCAGAUGGACACCGCCACCAAGAUCUGGGUCAAGGGGCGCGAAUUCUCCAUCAAGCGUCUUUUGGGGAAUGCUUACCCCGAAGACGUGGAGCGCUACACCAAUGGCGCGCUGGGUAUCUUUAGACUGGCGCCCCAAGAUUACCAUCGCUUCCAUAUCCCCGUCGAUGGAGUGAUGGGCACACCCAAGACCAUCGAGGGAGAGUACUACACCGUCAACCCCAUGGCGAUCCGCUCGCAACUCGAUGUCUACGGCGAGAACGUACGCGUCGUCGUGCCUAUUGACUCCGUGGCUCACGGCCGCGUCAUGGUCAUUUGCGUCGGUGCCAUGAUGGUAGGCAGCACAGUCAUCACUCGCAAGCAGGGAGAGACAGUCAAGCGUGCCGAGGAACUGGGAUACUUCAAGUUCGGCGGCAGCACGCUGCUCGUCCUCUUCGAGCCGGGUGCAAUGCGCUUCGACGACGACCUCGUGGAUAAUUCCAACGGGGCGCUGGAGACACUGGUCCGCGUCGGCAUGUCCAUCGGCCACCACCCGCAACAAGACCAACACACCCCCGACAUGCGCAAGCCCGACGCCGAGAUCUCCGAGAAAGACCGCGCCGACGCACAGCGCCGCAUCGAGGGGAGUCUGGCACCCGACCGCGUCGUCAAUGGCGCGGCGGACCUACUGCCGGCGGCGCUGCAGAAGCCGCCAGGGGCGUACUAGAUGAGCGCCUCCUGGCUAUUGAGGAAAAAAGAGCAGAGAGAGAAGGAGUAUGAGGAAGGCAUAGGCAGGACCUGUGCUGGCGACCACACACGGCGAAUGGGAUGGGAAUGAUGUAUGUACGUGCGCACGCGAUUUCAACAUCGGAGAUGAUUUCAACAAUGGGCACAGGCGGGACGGGAACAAAACAAAAAAGAGAUUUUUUACAUAAAAAUAAACGGGGCUUCCAUUCCUUACUAUUUUAUUUAGGGCUCUUUCGGGUUGCGUUGGAUGGGGUUUGUAGAAAGGGGGAAAAGGAACAUACAUGGGCGCGCCUGUCUGAGAAGGGGAAGAUAUAUACGAGGGCAUGGCGGCGCGGGGGAGGAAUGGGGGGGAGGAUUUGGUUUUUGUUAGCAGUAUAUUCUUCGUGUCGUUUCAGAGCAGAGCAGCGCAGAGCAGAGCAUGUUUUUUUGAUAGCAGAGCAAGCAGGCAGUAGC